CUGGACUUUUGACGUGUUCCCGCGACCAGACCAGUUUGAUACUGGCAACACCACUCCGACAAACACUAUCCAAGCUGUUGGUGGAAAUUGAGGCCGCGCGAAGCACAACCCGCUUGUCUGCAUUUUCGAAUACUUUGUAGCUCCUUCCUGAACUUUCGACAGCACAACGACCUGCAACGAUCACAAUGCAACUUCGCGAUGGCGCGCCGUCGUCGGCGCUGCUCGCGGCUGCGGCCUUGACGCUGCCGCAGCUAGCAUCGGCCUUCUACCUCCCCGGCGUUGCGCCAACUUCGUACAAGCCCGGCGACAAAGUGCCCCUCUACGUCAACACAAUCAAGCCGAUAGCGUCGCCGCAAGACUCGAUGUUACAUUCGGUCGUGUCGUACGACUACUAUCACCCCCUAUUCAACAUGUGCGGGCCAGAGAACCCCGAGAGCGUCAGCGAGAGCCUAGGCAGCAUCCUAUUCGGCGACAGGAUAAAAACGUCUGUGUUCGAGCUGAAGAUGGCAAAAGACCUGAAGUGCAACCCGCUUUGCGCAAAAACGUACGAGCUGGGCUCGGCCAAGUUUGUGAACCGCAAGAUCGAGCAGGGAUACAGCAUCAACUGGCUCGUGGACGGCCUGCCUGCGGGCCAGAUGCUGCCAGACGGCAUGACUACAUCCCCUGAGAUGGCAGAGCCUGGCGUCACAUACAACAACCAGGGAUUCGCGCUGGGGCAGGUGGACGGGACGGGCGUCGCGCAGCUCAACAACCAUUAUAACAUCAUCAUCGACUACCACAAGGUUAGCGGCAAGGAGGACCAGCUGCGCGUGGUUGGUGUCCGCGUUGCGCCGCAGUCGCUGAACUACGGCGACUCCGUGCCCGACUGCUCGCCGAAUCACGAGCCCAUGAUGCUCAGCGAGGACGGCGACACCAACGUCAAGUUCUCGUACACAGUCAAGUGGGUCGAGUCGCCCACCGUCUGGGCAACGCGCUGGGACAAGUACCUGCGCGUCUUCGACCCCAAGAUCCAUUGGUUCUCGCUCAUCAACUCGUCCGUCAUCGUCGUCGUGCUCGUGUCGACCGUCAUGGGCAUCCUGGUGCGCGCUCUGCGCAAGGACAUCGCGCGCUACAACCGCCUCGACUCCAUCAACCUCGACGACUUCUCGGGCGCUGACGGCGGCUCCGUCGAGGACGGCGUGCAGGAGGACUCGGGCUGGAAGCUGGUUCACGGCGACGUCUUCCGCACACCCUCGCACCCACUGCUGCUAUCCGUCUUUCUCGGCACGGGAGUGCAGCUCUUCAUGAUGACGGGCGUCACCAUCGUCUUCGCCAUGCUCGGGUUCCUGUCGCCGUCCAGCCGCGGCUCGCUCGCCACCAUCCUCGUCCUGUCGUGCACCGUCCUGAGCGCCGCCGGCGGCUACGUCUCGGCGCGUGUGUACAAGUCGUUUGGGGGCGAAAAGUGGAAGCUCAACAUCGCCCUAACGCCCGUGCUCGUCCCCAGCAUCGUCUUCGCCGUCUUCUUCCUCCUGAACCUGUUCCUCUGGGCCAAGCAGUCGUCGGGCGCCGUGCCCUUUGGCACGAUGCUCGUCAUCGUCUCCAUCUGGUUCGUCGUCUCAGUCCCCCUCUCUGUCGGAGGCUCUUUCCUCGGCUUCCGCCAUGCGGCCCUGGAGCCGCCCGUGCGCACCAACCAGAUCCCCCGCCAGAUCCCGCCCGCCGCUGGGUACCUGCGCCCGAUCCCCAGCAUGCUCCUGGUCGGGCUGCUGCCCUUUGUGGUUAUCUUUGUUGAGCUCUACUUCAUCAUGAGCUCCAUCUGGUUCAGCCGCAUCUACUACAUGUUUGGCUUCCUCUUCCUCUGCUUUGGCCUGAUGGCUGUGACCACCGCCUCGGUCGCCAUCCUUAUGGUCUACUUCCUGCUUUGUUCAGAGGACUACCACUGGCAGUGGCGCUCCUUCUUCGCCGCCGGGACCAGCGCCUUCUACAUCUUUGGCCACGCCAUGAUCUACUGGAUAGGCUCGCUGUCCCUCGCCGGGUUUGCUGGAAGCGUCGUCUACCUUGGGUACAGCAUGUUGAUUGCCUUCCUGUUCUUCAUUCUUUCGGGCUCAAUUGGCUUCUUCGCCAGCUGGUGGUUUACCCGCAAGAUCUACGCCUCGAUCAAGAUUGAUUAGAGCCAGAGACUUAUCUGGCGCCGAGCCUGCUGCGGCGGCUCUUGCACAAACAAUCACACAAAACUAUAUCGCUGUACGAUUUUUGAAAAACUCAACUGUAUGAAAUACUAGCCCUCGUUGGCAGCGGACGAGGUGAUCUCCCUUCGCGUUUUAUGUGGGCCAUAGAGAAACGACAAAACAAGGGGGGACAUUGGAGUAGCUUUGGCUUGAUGGAUGGCCUUUCAAUUUCGGCGCUGAGCAGGAGGGGCUUCAUUUUUUCACAGUGAAUGGGCAUGGCCUGUCUUUAUACUAUUUUCCCACAUAUUUGCGUUCAUCCCAGCCGGCGUGCAUGUCUGUGAAUUCAUCAUGUUGCCCCAAACAUCCGCUAGCUGCCAAUGGAGCAAAGAGCACCAAUCACAGCCAACAUUUGGUUCCCUGCAUUAAUGGUCCUCACGACGCUCAGCAAACG